AUGGAUCCUCUAGAUUGUCAAACAGAUGAAGAGCUGAGUGGCUUGUUUCACUGUAAGAAGACAGAGAUUUCUUGUAUGGAGGAACCACAAACCUUCCUCAACCAGCUCUGGAAGCACAAUCUGGUACCAGAAAAUCUCUACCAGAAAGUGAUGAAGAUGAGGACUACAGAGAGAAGGCAGGAAGUUGUCUAUCAAAUUCUUGACCAGCUGGAGAAGAAGCUAGGGCAAAGAGUAAGGUUGUUUUGGAGAUGUGUGUUUCAGGAUCACAUGCUGCAGAAAUAUCCCAUUUUGCGCUUUAUUUGGAACAGUCUUAUUGAUGGUCAGUCUGCGGUUAUCAUUUCAUAUUUGUUUAAGCUUUACGAGUCACUUUUUGAUUUACCAGAGGAACCAAACAAGAAUGAGAAAGAAUCAUUCCAGAGAGAAGAAAAGACAGGAAAGGAAAUGAAAACAGGACUAAAAAGAAAGAAAAGCAUUGAGAGGACAGAUGAGGAAGAACCAGGUCCUUCAACUCGCUCUACUUCUCAACAGAAGAAACCAGGCAAGAAUUUUAUUUCUUCAAUUGAAGCAGAGAAGCAGGAUAAUUGGAGUUUAAAACACUUUAUAACACUUCCUGUUACAUGUGGCAACAAGAAAGGCACCCUGCAUAAAGAAAAACUGGCGAGAGGUGACGAGUGUAUUCUGGCUAAGGGACGCUGGUUCACCCCAGGUGAUUUUGAGAAGUUUGCAGGGAAGGGGCACCACAAGAACUGGAAAUUCAGCAUCCGCUACGAAGACACUCCUCUGAAGAAACUUUUAGAGAAAGGGUAUCUGAAAGCUUCACGUGCAAAGAGGCGCAGUAGUAAAAAGGAUGAUGACCAGGACGAGCAGGGAAUAAAGGAAAUCAAGUUACAAGAAGAGGAGAAAGAAGAAGAAGAGGAAGAAGAAGAGGAAGAAGAAGAACAAGAGAAUGAUCCAGUGGAUUUGUCUAUGUUUGAGGCUCCUUCUUUACCAGUCAGUUGUGGUUCUUUUACUGGGGACUUGUAUAAAAGCAGAUUUACAGGGUCAAAUAGUAAAAGCAUCCGCACAGAGGAGCGCUGGUUCACCCCUGAGGAGUUUGUAAACCAGGAAUCCACUUUGAUGGAUGUUCACUGGAGGAAAGAUAUACUGUGUCAUGGCAAAACUUUACACUACCUCUUGAAGAAGAAGAUCCUGGUUGUUCAUUCACUGCUGUGUCCUUGUGAUCACUGCCAUAACAAGGAGCCUGAUAAUGAUGACAUCUGCUUCAUUUGUAAUUCUGAAGGAGAUCUGGUGUGCUGUGACAAGUGUCCUCGUGCUUUUCAUAAUAAUUGCCAUUUACCAAACCUGCAAAACGAAACACUUGGCGAAAAAUGGACAUGCACUUUCUGUGUGUUAAAGGACUUCCAGGCACUGUGGCUUCCCAUGACCCAAAUGGAAGCUUUAAGCAAACCUUUAUCUGGAAACAUCAUGCGCUGUGAGUAUUUGCUGUUGUGUUUGUAUAAAGAGGAUAAAAAGCGAGUGUUUACUAAAGACCCCACUGCAACAGUGGAGGGGUACAGCAGAUGGAUCUCAAAACCCAUGUGGCUGGACCGAGUGAAGACCAAGCUGCAGAACAAAGAAUAUAAAACAGUGGGAGAGUUUGUGAAUGACGUCAAACUCAUCUUUCAAAACUGCAGCAAAUUUAAUAUGGAUAAUGAGGUUAGCAGUAUGGGAUUCAGAAUAAACGAGAUCUUCGAACAGGAGUUUCACAAGGUUUUUAACAUCAUCGACCACGUUGGUCCACACAACGAUUCAAGACAGAUGGAAAAGAGUAACAUCAGCCCAAGCAAUCAUCUGGAUUUUGUAGAAGAUAACGAAAAAAUAUCUAGCAUGAUGGAAGAAGACAACUUCCUCGACAAGCCACAGAACUACAAUCUGAUAUCAGAGGAUCUCUGUCAGUCCCAGCCACAGCAAGGUGUGGUUGGUGACUUAGCCAUCAGGCUCUCCGAACUUUGCGACGGCGAGUUCGGCGUGUUCCUUGCACAAUACGGGUUGGUUUCAUUCCAGCUUCGGCUUGAAAGGUGCGACCAUACCAUGGACGCAGCAGAAGUUCCACCCCUUACGGACGUUCUACGUCAUCAAGGGAUAGCGUUAGGCAGGCACGAGGUGGCCCUAAACGAGUUGGCGCAGCGGGUAGCUGCGCUCACCCUGCAGCCGCCAAUUCUUAGGUCCGGUCCUGAACCCCCUGCCCACUCUCCUACCCACUCCGGAGGGUGUGGAAACCGCGACACCCCUAUUUCGCCUCCCGAAAGGUAUUCGGGAGAGGCUAAGAGGUGCCGUGGCUUCCUCCUCCAGUGUGCCCUUGCGUUCGAGCUGCAACCCUCUCGCUACCCCACGGAGCGAUCGAAGGUUGCAUACAUAAUAUCCCUUUUGACUGGCCGAGCUUUAGAAUGGGCUACUGCCCUCUGGGAGCAAAAUGCUCCGGAAUGCUCUUCGGAAAGCUCCUUUAAGGAAGCUAUAAAGGAGACCUUUUUUCACCCUUCGGGUGGCCGUGAGGUAGGCCCUCGUCUACUCGAGCUUACCCAAGGUGCUCGGUCAGUAGCCGAUUAUGUAAUCGAGUUUCGAACGCUCGCGGCUGAGUGCGGUUGGGACGAGGGGGCCCUUACUGCCAUAUUCCAUCGUGGUUUGUCUGGUAAAGUGAAGGACGAGCUGGCCACCAGGGACCCUCCUACCACUCUUAAGGACUUCUAUGUCCUGGCCAACGCCAUAGACACCCGCCUUCGCCAGCGAGCCCGGGAACGGGGCACCUGUUCCCCGUUCACCCGCUCGCAGGUCUCUCCCAAUUCUCCUCCGCCUGUCCUGGAUCCUGAACCCAUGCAGUUGGGGUCAGCUCGCGCUGGUGCCCCAACGGCUUCGGGCCCGACCCCGGCAGCCAUUAAACUAGUAGGCCGCUCUCGAGCUAGGGACUCGGGAGUGAGCCGAACUACCAUCCCUGUCCAAGGACUAUUUCUGCAGGCCCGGUUGCUUUGGGGCCUGGGAGACACAGACCUUCGGGUCUGUGUGGAUUCAGGCGCGGUGGAGAGUUUCAUAGACAUCAACCUGAUCGACUGGGCCACCGGAUCGAUCUUUAUCUGGGGAACGCAGUGUCGGGACUCGUGCUUACUGCAAGGCGGCGCGAGCCCCGAGCCGUCCGAACCCAAGAUGGCGAUCCCGGAUUUGGCAGCUGUUCCUCCUGUGAGCACAGGCUGA